ACAGAAGAAACACGAGUGAUAUCGUGAAUUUAAAGUUUAGUAAGAUUUUGCUCAUUGUAGUGAUCUUGUAGGAGGAGCCUGUGCUAAUUACCGCUGACCAAACACACAAUACUCUUCUUAAUCAACGGGUUCAUAUUCUUUAUGAAUUUCAUAACAGCAAAUGUCUCAAGAGUGUACCCAUAUCUUCAAAAUCAAGUUUGCUAGCAGAUAAAGGACUUUUUCCUACGUUUUUUACUCGGCAAACAGACACAAGCAAUUUGACAUCAAGUGUGUCAGAAUAUCACAUAAAGCUCAGAAAACAUUGCCUUAAAAAUCAGAAAAUUGACGUUUCCUUGGACAACGUUUAUUGGCAUCCCAAACAGCCAUGGCAAACAGUCUGCAAACGAACCAAACAACUUCACAAAACACGACAGAAAAUUAUAUGCUGUUCAGCUAUUGGAUCAUCAUCGUUAUCUUCCUAGGUCUAGUUGGGAACAUUUCUGCGUUGGUGAUUUUCAGCAAAGUCCCUCUUAAAACCCGUUCAACUUCAAUACACUAUAAAGCCAUAAGCUGUUCAUCGUUGCUAUCCACUAUCGGCUAUACAUUAUCUUAUAUCAACUCCACAAACAACAGUACUCAAGACGACGUUAUGGCGUACUUUUGUAGACUGGCUGUAUUUCUAGAGGUGUCUGGCUACGUCACGUACGCUAUAAUACUAACAGUUCUCCAGUGCUACUCAUUGUUAAAAACAUUCCAUUUUGUAAAACAAAUAUCGGUGUUCGCUUCGCCGAAAGCGGCGAAACUUCGUAUCGCCGCCCAGUGCUGUAUUUGGACUAUUGGCUUUGCUCUUGGUUUCGGCCUUGCAUGGGGAGUUGAAGAUUCCGUGACGUCAGAGAACCGGAAGUCGUGCGAGUUAAAGUGGGCGAGUGGAGGAGUCACCUGGUAUCGAGUGAUGUUGACUGUAGCAUGGAUGCACGUACCUGGAGUGAUAUCCUUUAUAGCAAUCAUUGCCACGCAAAGAGUAAGAAAUUGGGUUUUAGCCAAUAACGCCGUGAAUUCUCCAACCUCAUUUGCAGCACAAGUGCAAAACAAUGCCCUUAACAAGACGCUUGCUGGAUACUUCUUUAUCUCGGUGAUUCUCUACCAUACCAUCGCCCUAAUAGCAGCAACAACUCAGCCGUCUUUUCUGAACUCAACACCAAUCCUGGUCAUUAAGCUACUCAGUCAGAACCACGUGGUUUAUGGACCGUUCAUCUUCGUAUUUAAGUCACGUAGCUACCGAGGACAUGUUGGAAGGAUUCUUACAUGUGGUUCGGGUGAAGUGUCGCCUUCGCCAGCGAGUGCAACGGGAAAUAAUUCAUCAUCAAUGCCGGCUGGGAGAUCAACCGGUUCGACGACAAGCCGAUCGGGUCAUCGACGUACAGCAGUCGUCCCAGCAAACCCUGCAGGCAGGCCAAGUUGACAAGGGAUCUUUGAUGUGUAGCAGUCCUUCAAGUUUCACAAGCAUGAAGUUCCCAAAACGGCGCUUGUCAAAACCCAAAAAACGAAAGCAAAAGAAAAAGAAAAAAAUGAAAAAGAGGAAGGGGAUAAAAAAAGAAAAAAAAAGAAAACAGGGGAUCAACGACGUGUUUGAUAGCAUUGCCGGAUUUCAAACCGUGGGGUCUGGGCAAAAAUCCCCUAAUCGGAUAAAUAUGACAUAAGACUUACAUAGAAAGAAAGCCCUUGUUGACAAAUGCAAAAUUCCAAAAUUUGAUGUAAAUCGGUCCAAUAG